CUCAGGUUUCCCAACACUAAGCAAAAGUCCUCUUUCUUUGGUUAAUUACCAUGGGAGCGGGUCUUAAGCUUGCUUGUGCCUAUAGUGUUGUCCAUGUUGGUGACUGCACCCAUUGCCAAUGCCCUAACAUGCAGCGAGAUAUCGAGUCAACUGUCGCCAUGCCUCAGUUACCUGAGGAAUGGAGGGAGUGUUUCAUCUAAAUGCUGCAGCGGAGUGGAGAACCUCAACAAUAAGAGCAACACCACUCCUCUUCGCCAACAGCCUUGCAACUGCUUCAGGACAUUAGCCUCAGAAGUCUCAGGGAUUAAAACUGAAUAUGCUUCUAGUCUCCCUGGCAAGUGCGGCGUCAACCUCCAAUACAAGAUUAGUUGGGACACCAACUGCAACAGCAUUAAAUGAAGCAUUCAAAGUACGAUCUCGAAUUCCCUUUGGGAUAUAUAGAGAAACUUUGGAAUAAUUAAUUAAGGUGGAUCUGCAUAUGUGUGCUUUGUGGCUCGAAAUGGGUCUCCACUUUAUCGAGUCUCUUUUGUUUCUGAAGUCUUUAUUAAUUUAGAGUGUCCCCUCUUUAUCAUAAUGUAUGAGACGAUAAUCUCCUCUAAUAAUACAAGUUAACCUCU